AUGAGGCACAGAGACUCUCAAACUAUUAUCGCUCCACUAGUGAAGCAAAUUCCUUCGAGUUUACUGUAUUUUCGAGAAGAAAUUUACAAAGUCUUCCUGAAAAGUCUGUAUUUUAGGAUGCAGUUGAACUACCUAAAAGGAGCUCGACUAUCCGAAACCAGCACAGUCAAGAUGCUUUCGGUUUUGAAGGCGCUGGCACAAUGUCAUGUCAUUCUGGGACUCAUUAUGUUGAUUUUAUCAACGUUAGCUGACUACGUCAGCAGUCGCAUCAAUACAAUCCGAAUGUACGGAUUAGAAGAAUGCUGUUCUUUCUACUUCAUUGUCACCGGGCUGGUAGGGUUGUGUGGUGCGGCUUCGUACAGAAGGGGCCUGGUUAUCACAUUUCUCGUAAUGGCGAUUCAUGCCAUCAUCAUUUUUGUUCCAGCAAUCAUUAUUGUGUCCAGUUUUGACAUCCACUUCUACCAGCACGAGUGUUGGGGUGAAUGUGAUUGGCAUCUACUGGCGACUUCGUUACCUCGUAACAGCAGGUGUCAGAUCAUGUGCGGGGACCAUGUAGACGACAACAUGAGAGUUUCUAUGACGCGAUUGGGUACCGACUAUCGCCUUGACGCCGGACUCAUCGCGGCAGCUAUUUUGGAAUUGCUCUUGGCAUUAGCAACCACGAUCAUUUCGUCAAGAACUAUCUGCAGUACGGUACGGGUAUGUUUUGUUCCUUCCUCGUUCAGUAGCUGCUCAUGUUUUGAGAAAGGGUGACG